CCAGCGUCCCCAGCGGGGACCGGGACCGGCCGCACCCCGAGCUCCCGGAACCCCGAGGAGCCCGGCAGAGCCCGACGGACCGGCGGCCGCGAUGCCGGACGAGCUGACGGAGCCCGGGCGCGCCACGCCGGCCCGCGCCUCCUCCUUCCUCAUAGAGAACCUGCUGGCAGCCGAGGCCAAGGGCACUGGGCGCGCGGCCCAGGGCGGCGGCGGCCGCGAGGACGAGGAGGACGACGACGACGACCCUGAGGACGAGGACGCGGAGCAGGCGCGGCGGCGGCGGCGGCGGCUGCAGCGGCGGAGACAGCUGCGCGCGGGCUCCGGGCCGAGCGGGGACGCCCGGGCCCGGGCGCUGCUUGGGCCGGGCGCGCUGGGCCUCGGUCCCCGGCCGCACCCGGGUCCCGGGCCGCCCUACGCUCUGGGCUGCGGAGGCGCCACGCGCUGGUACUCGCGGUCGCACGGAGGCUACGGAGGCGGCCUCAGCCCUGACACCAGCGACCGGGACUCUCCGGAGACGGGCGAGGAGAUGGGCCGCGCAGAGGGCGCCUGGCCGCGGGGCCCCGGGCCGGGAGCGGUGCAGCGGGAGGCGGCGGAGCUGGCGGUGAGCGGCCCGGCAGCCGGCGCGGAGGAGGAGGCGGCGGAGCUGGCCGAGGCCCGGGCGGCGGCGGCGGCGGCGGGGGGGGCGCGCGGCGGCGGCCGCAAGAAGAAGACGCGCACGGUCUUCUCGCGCAGCCAGGUCUUCCAGCUCGAGUCCACCUUCGACCUGAAGCGCUACCUGAGCAGCGCCGAGCGCGCCGGCCUGGCCGCCUCCCUGCAGCUCACCGAGACGCAGGUCAAGAUCUGGUUCCAGAACCGCCGCAACAAGUGGAAGCGGCAGCUGGCGGCCGAGCUGGAGGCGGCCAGCCUGUCCCCGCCGGGCGCGCAGCGCCUGGCCCGCGUGCCGGCGCUCUACCACGAAAGCCCCCCGGCCGCCGCCGGAGCUCCCGCCGCGCUGCCCUUCCCGCUGGCGCCCGCCGCGCCCGCACCGCCCCCGCCGCUGCUCGGCUUCUCCGGGGCCCUCGCCUACCCGCUGGCCGCCUUCCCAGCCGCCGCCUCCGUGCCCUUCCUGCGGGCGCAGAUGCCCGGCCUGGUGUGAGCCCCCGGCCGGCCGGGCCCACUCCCCGUGGCCAGCGGGGACU